AAAAAAAAAAGGAGAAAAUGCGAUGAACAGGCUGUAUAGUUUUUGUGAACAAAUGGGGGGACUGAAGACAACAACACUCUUCUUCUCCCUCUUUGUCCUUUUGACUCUCUCUCUCUCUCUCUCUCUCUCUCUCUCACCGGCGAACCAUUGCUUCUCUCUCCUCCUUUUUUCCCCACCGCCAACCAUUGCUUCUCUCUCCUCAAUUCUCAACCCCAAAGUUCCAAUUUUUAUCCCUUUCUUGAACUCUUCUCCACACUCUCAGACGUGACGGCGACUCUUUACUGAGUCUCGUCUCACCGCUUUGAACUCGCCCUGGGGAAUUUUUUUUUUUUAAUCUCCAGAGGUCAAACCAACAAUGAGGAUUCUCUGUUGUCUCCAGGUGCUUCUCCUUCUCUUCUCUUACCAACUCUCUGCUCAAUCUCCUCCCACCACCAAUGCAACUUCUUCUCUUGAUUCCCUUCUUCAAGAUUACUCUUUUAGAGCUUUCGUUCGUCCUCGCACCGGCAUUCUCUACGACGCCGCCACCGUUCCUCCGAAUCUAACGGGGAUCAAACUCUCCGCCAUGAGGCUCAGAAGCGGGAGCUUGAGGAGACGAGGCGUCUCUUCUCUAAAACAGUUCUCGAUUCCCAAAGGCGUGAUCGUGAAGCCGUACGUGACAAGGCUCGUCUUCGUCUACCAAAACCUAGCGAACUUCUCUCAGUUGUACUACCCUUUGUCUGGUUAUGACUAUGUAGCUCCUGUGGUUGGUCUCCUCGCUUACGAUGCUAAAAAUCUCUCCGCCGUUAACUUACGGGAGCUCGAGAUAACGGCGUCAAAGGAUCCUAUCAGAAUCGAUUUCUCUGACCUGGAGCCGAUCCCUCAAGGAGGGAGUGUUGUUGAGUGCGUUAGCUUCGACUCUAGUGGUAAAGCGAGUUUCAGUGAUUCGAUUCGGAACACAUGCGAGACGGAGAGGCAGGGGCAUUUCUCGGUGGUAGUGAAGUCUGUUGCCUCUGCUCCUUCUCCAGCUCCUCCUCCAAGGAAGGAGAUGAAGAAGAAGAGCUCUGAGUCUAAUUCAAGAACUUGGAUCACCGUUGGUUCGGUUUUGGGUGGAUUGGUGCUGUUGGGGCUUUUGAUGUUUCUGGUUCUGCGGUGUCGGAAGUACAAGAAGCAGGAGAGGAUGAGGGAGAUGGAGAGAGCUGGAGAGACAGGGGAAGCUCUGAGGAUGACUCAGGUCGGUGAGACGAGAGCACCUACUGCUACAACUACUCGUACACAACCGGUUCUUGAAACUGAAUACGCAGCUUAGAAGUGUACAUCUUUGAUCAUAUGUUACUGUCUUUUUUUCUUUCCCUACAAUUAUUUUUCUUUUUGGUAAAGUGUUUUUUUUUCUGAUUAUUUGGUCGUUGUGAUUAGCAAGUUGAAAAACUUUACUUUCAUCUUGUUUUCUCUGCGGGUGAUUUAAGGAAAUAAGUAUUAUUGUUUGUGCUCUCAACUCAAAUCACUAACUUUGGUGGAAGAUAUGGAUUGUUUCUGGAGUA